AUGGUAAAACGCAAUCAACAGGAAAGUAACUCAAGAUACACUCAGAGCUUCAAUUUUAAUAAUGAGACACUUUUAAACCCUAAAGAACCAGUAAGACAAAAGCACUUAAGGAAAGGAGAAGAAGAAGAGAAAGAACAACAUUUUAUGGGUCAUCUCAUGAAGUGGUUUUUUGAGGAGCUAAUUGCUUAUUGA